CGUCCCGGUCCGCGCCCCUCCCCCCGCGCGGGUCGUCUCGGUAGCGCUGCGACGGCGGCGGCGGUAUGGAGGGCGAGAGCACUUCGGCGGUGCUCUCCGGCUUUGUGCUCGGCGCGCUCUCCUUCCAGCACCUCAACACCGACUCGGACACGGAAGGUUUUCUCCUUGGGGAAGUAAAAGGUGAAGCCAAGAAUAGCAUUACUGACUCCCAGAUGGAUGAUGUUGAAGUUGUUUAUACAAUUGACAUUCAGAAAUAUAUUCCAUGCUACCGGCUUUUUAGCUUUUAUAAUUCUUCAGGUGAAGUAAAUGAGCAUGCACUGAAGAAAAUAUUUUCAAGUGUCAAAAAGACUGUGGUAGGUUGGUACAAAUUCCGUCGACAUUCAGAUCAGAUCAUGACAUUUAGAGAGAGACUGCUUCACAAAAAUUUACAGAAGCAUCUUUCAAGCCAAGAACUUGUUUUUCUGCUGUUAACACCAAGUAUAAUAACGGAAAGCUGUUCUACUCAUCGGCUGGAACAUGCUUUAUAUAAACCUCAAAAAGGACUGUUUUAUAGGGUUCCUUUAGUGGUUGCCAAUCUGGGCAUGUCUGAACAGCUGGGUUAUAAAACUGUAUCAGGUUCCUGUAUGUCCACUGGUUUUAGAAGAGCAGUAAAAACACACAGCUCUGAAUUUUUUAAAGAAGAUGGAUCUUUAAAGGAGGUACAUAAGAUAAAUGAAAUGUAUGCUUCACUACAAGAAGAAUUAAAGACUGUAUGCAAAAAAGUGGAGCAAAGUGAACGAGAAGUAGAGAAAUUAAUAAAGGAUGUAAACAGAUUAAAACAAGAAAUUAAAAAAAGGCAACAAGCACAGAUUCAGGCAGCACGAGAGAAGAAUGUCCAAGAAGACCCUCAGGAGAACAUUUUGCUUUGUCAAGCUUUACAGACCUUUUUUCCAGGCAGUGAAUUUCUUCAUUCUUGUGUUAUCUCUUUGACCAAUAGGCAUAUUUCUAAAAGUAGGUGUAACACCAACCACCAUCUGGAUAUGGUAGACAACCUGACCUUAAUGGUAGAGUAUACCCAUACUCCUGAAGCUAGCCCAGCUAGUACACCACCAACGACUAAGCGAAAAGCUAUAGACAUAGAGGACAGAUGGAAAAUGAAGAAAUCACGAUUGUUAAAGAGAGAACACAAACUAUCUAAGACAGGUACUGAUAGUAGUAACCAAGAAAAAGCGUCCACAACCAGUGGCACAGAAACAGAUGAAGAGAUUGAGAAAAUGAAGGGUUCUGGUGAAUAUCCACUGUCUCCCACAUUUUGAUCCUUUUAACCCAAAAUAAGACUUUUGAUUUGGUCGAAGGGUAAAGACAAAUGUUUAUUAUUUUUAUUAUAUUCAGCUGUUCAUAGUAAUACAUUGAUAAUGUAUUUUGUUUUUACUAUGUUCACCUUUUUUUACAGUACUACAUAGAUAAGUUCUACUGUAUUUAUUUUAUAAAGUACUUCCAAAUAUAUCAGAUGCUUUUAUUUAUUUAUAUUUUUGUGGUGCUGGAGAUUGAACCCAGGGCUUUGCACAUAUUAGGCAAGUGCUAUACCACUGAGCUACACCCAUAGCCAAGAUGUCUUUAUUGUAAAAUCAAAACUUUUCAUCUUGCUUUCACAACUGUUGAGGGAAAGGCCUUAAAAAGGCACAUUCUUUUAAACUAGUAUGGCUCUUAGAAAUGGGAAAGAGACUAUUUUUCACAACAUGGGAAGAAGCAUAAAAUUUAUAUGAAAAUUUAUAUAAUCUUUAUGUCAUUAACCUUAUGUAAGUCAUUAAGAUUUUAGUCCUUAUGCAGUGAUACAAAGUAUAUUAUUAAACUGGACAUGAUGGUACACAUGUGUAAUCUUAGGUACUUGCUACUCUAAAGGCUGGGGUAGAAAGGUCACUUGUGCACAGAAGUUAGAGGCCAUCCAGGGCAACGUAGCACUUAAAAGUGUCAUGACAGGUACGGUGGCAGUGGUGCACACCUGUAAUCCCAGUAGCUUGGGAGUCUGAGGCAGGAAAAUGGCAAGUUCAAAGCCAGCCUGAGCAAUUUAGGCCCUAAGAAACUUAGUGAGACCCUAUCUGUAAAUAAAAUAUAAUAAAAGGGCUGGGGGUAUGGCUCACUGGUUAAGCACUCCUGGGUUCAAUCUCUAGGACAAAAAAAAAAAAGUGUUUAUGUGCAGUUGUAUUUAUAUGUCUUCCAUCACAUGAAGGCUUUACCACUGGACAUCAUACUGAAUAUACACUUUGAACUUUGUACUCCUAUUGCUUUCUAGAGACAUUACUAAAUAGAAAAAAAUAUAUAAUCUAGUAACAGAAACUUGAAUCUUCUGUGUUAACAUGCAUUAAUUAUUAUGGGAUGUUUAUGAAUCCACAUCAUAAAUCAGGAUGACUUGUGUAGAUUUCUAGUGUUGUUUUAACUUAAAUAACUGGUACUGUACACAAGCAGGAAGACAAGAAUCAGUCUGAACCUUAUUUGCAACACUGGAGUAAGAGAAGAUGAUUGGCAGUAGAUUUAUGCAUUUGUCAUCCCUUUAUGUAAAGAAUACUAUCAGUUUAAGGAUAGAUUCAUCCAGGAAUAAAUGUUUUGUCUUUCUGAGACAGCCCAGUGUACAUCUCUGCAACGAGAAGAGCCGCCCUCCUAACCAGGCACACUUACAUUUGAUAAUUAGAAAAUGAUUUCAAGCAUUUAAGACUUCAUGGGAUCCAAACAUUACAUAAGAACUACACUUUGCUGCACCCAUUUCCCUAAAGUCAUCCCAUCUGUAACAGAAUCUGACCCAAAGUAGUAUUCCAACACAAGCCAUCCCUCCCAUAUUUCCUAUUCCUAUUAGUGGUUCAUUACUUUAUGAAUGAACUACUGGGGACAUAAGUGACAAUCAGACAGGACCACUUUUAUUCAAGGUACGUACCAUUUAAUUUAAUGAGUAUUAACAUUUUAAGUAAGCAACCUAUUCUGUGAAUAGUCAUAUAAAGGAGAUGCUUCAACUCCUGAUCUCUUGAAACACUUUUCUUCGCAAAGGUUAGUUUGAGUCAAUAGAGGUCAAUUUAUUAUAAAAUAAGUUUAUUGUUAAUAACGUUAUAUCAUUUAUUCCCGAUAUUUGAUGUUACAAACUUUAGGGUCUUUGAGAUAUGCAGGAUCCUUGUAUGUAACUGGCAUAAACCCUGUAAAGAGAUAUUAAAGUUCUUCACAAAAAAUAAUGAGCAAACUUUUUACUAAUUCAGUUGUUCAAGGCACACUUACCCAUUAUUUGAGCUCUCUUAAUAGCUUUUGUAAUUUCUUUCUGUUUCUUCCCACAAAGACCUAUAAAAAUUUUAAAAGUGCUGUUUUGUUCAUAAAAAUGCCAGUAGUCAAACUAUAACAACUUUUAAGUCAAAGGUCAGAUUUUCUUUUUUUUUUCUGUAAAGGACCAGAAUAUUAAUAUUUUGGCCUUUGGGGCUACAGUCUCCAUUCACAAUUACUCUACUCUGCUGUUGUAACUACAAAGCAACCAUGUGGCACUAUGUAAAUAAAACUACAAAAACAAGAGGCAGAUUGGAUCUAGUCUUCGAUCACCAAGUUUUAGUUUAGAAUGUCUGAAGUAUAAUUCACAACAAAAGGUACAAUUUUUUUAAGCCCAAGUUUUUCACGUGGCCAAUGUAUAAUUAACCCUGACGACAACAGAGUGUUUUCCCUUAAGUACCUAAAUCCAGUGUGGUCUAACAAUGUAGUAUCUGGUCUAAUAGUGAUUUAUAACAUGAUCUGAAAAUUUGCCAGUUUUCUUAAGUGACAGAGAUAGAUAUAAUUCUUAUUUAAAUGGUUAUGAUUAAAAAAUAAAUACCUGUUAUAUGUCUUCCAUAAAUGCAUCCAGUAAAUGGAGAAAUAAAUUGGGACAGAA